AUGAAAACUCCAUUCGGAAUUCAAUAAUACUUUGCAAUCAAAUAAAUUUAACAUCAAUAAUUGUUAGAUGAAGAAUCUGAAUAUUCUAAGAGGAUUAUUAUUAAGGAAAUUGAAAUUGAUUCAAAUAUUUGCAAGAAAUAAGUAUAACUUAUGCUUGAUAAUACUCCUGUAUAUUUUCCUCAUCAACCUUAUGAAGUAUAAAAAAUUUAUAUGGAAAGUGUAAUAAAAGCAUUAAAUAAAAAAUAGAAUGCAUUGUAUUUUAUAACAAUUAAUAUAGAUUAGAUUGGAAUCACCAACAGGUACAGGAAAAACCUUAUCUUUACUUUGUGCUUCAUUAGCAUGGUUAAAGAAGAAUAGAUAAGAUUAAUUAAAUUCUGAUUAGCCUAAGAAUAUUAAAAUUAUAUAUUCAUCAAGAACUCAUGCUCAAUUAAAAUAAGUAGCUAUGGAAUUGAAGAAGACUAUCUAUAAACCUAAUAUUUCUAUGCUUGGAUCUAGAGAUUAAUAUUGUAUAAGAGGUGAUUUUAAUAUGUUAAAAGGGACUAUGUUAAAUUAAAGUUGCAGAAAAUCAGUCAAGGCAAAUUAAUGUUAGUUUUAUAAGAAAGAACAUCUUAUUGUUAUGGCACAAAGUUAUAGCACAUUAAUAAAUAGUUUAGAAGAAGCAAAAUAAUUUGGUUAGAAAAAUAAAUUAUGUCCUUAUUAUUUUGAGAGAUAACGAUUGGAUUUUGCAGAUCUUAUUUUGUUACCUUACAAUUAUUUAUUAGAAAAAGACUUUUUAGAUGUUGUCUAAAUAGAGAAUUCAAUUUUGAUAUUUGAUGAAGCACAUAAUGUGUAAUCUACUGCUGAAGAUGGGUCUUCAUUUCUUAUUACUCAUAAUCAUAUUGUUGAAGCUGUAAAAGAUCUUGAGAAAUGGAUUGAUGAACUUGAAUCAGUUACAGUAUUUUAUGAUCAAUUAAAAACUAAAUUAAAUUCAGCUAAAGUAUCAUCAGAUUUAAAUGAAUUUAAAUCUAUCAUGAUUACAAUUAAAAUAUUUGCUUAAUAUUUAGAAUCAUUUAAAAAUAAUCAACAAUUUAUAAUAACUGAUAAGGAAGAUAAAUAUUUAAUUUUAGAUGCUAGACAAAUAUAAUUUAUGAUAUUUGAGAAUACUUAAGAUAAAGAUAAUACUUUUUAAUUAUGGUCAGAGAAUUCUUAAACUAAUUAUGCUAAAGGAGUUAAUAAAACUAAUUUUGCUUAGUAUUUAAUUCAUUGUUCUACUUUGAUUGAAGUUAUGGGAGAAUUAUCUCAAAUUCCAGGUUAUCAUUUUGAAUCCUGGGUUAAAUUUAUGAAAAAUGUAUAUGAUCUUAUUAUAGUUGAAGAUGAAAGAGAAAAAUAAAAAUUAUCAUUAGAUUCUUUAUAAAACGAGUUUAAUUAAUAUAAAUUAUCUUUCAUUCUUGAUUAAUCUAAUUAAUUAUCUAUCAAUAUGUGGUGUCUUGAACCCUCAUUAGCUUUUUCCAGGCUAUUUAAUAAAAAUAUUUAUUCAAUUAUGUUAACAUCUGGUACACUUUCACCUAUGCCCUCAUGGGUUUGUGAAUUAAGAUUACCGUUUGAUGUUUAAUUAAGUAAUGAACAUAUAAUUGAUCUGAAUAAAAAUCUUAGAGUAUUUUAACAUAAAAUUUUCGAUUUUUAAUAUAAUUAAAGAAAUAAUGAAGAAUAAAUUUGCAGAUUUGGUGUUACUUUAUUAAGUUUAUGUUAGAUUAUUCCUAAUGGAAUUUUAGUUAUAUUUUCAUCUUAUAGUCUUAUGAAUAAAUUUAGAAGUAAAUGGACAUACAAUAAAUUAAUACCUCGAUUGAGUGAAAUUAAAGCAUGUUUAUGGGAACCUUAAUAAAGUUCAGAAAUGCAAAAUGUUUUUGAUACAUAUAAAUUAAAAGCUAAAAAAGGUGCCAUAAUGUUUGCAGUUCAUAGAGGUAAGGUUGCUGAAGGAAUAGAUUUUUCUGAUGAAUUAUGUAGAGCUAUCUUCUUAGUAGGUGUUCCAUAUCCACCUAAAUAAGAUAAUCAUCUUUUACAAAAAAUGAAUUAUUUGGAUAAAUUAUUCAGUGAUCCAGAAUUCAAACAUUAAUAACGAAUAAGAAGUUCUGAAUGGUAUAUUCAAUAAGCUAUACGUGCUACAAAUCAGGCUAUGGGAAGAGUUAUUAGACAUAUAAAUGAUUAUGGGUAUAUAUUUUUUUUUAUUUUUAGAAUUGUUUAUCUAUGUGAUAAAAGAUUUGAAUAAAAAGACAUUAAAUAAGGAUUAUCAAAAUGGUUAUAACCAGCUAUUUAGCCAUGGAUUAAUGAUGAUGAAAUCAUAAAGCAAACUAAGGAUUUCUUUUUAAAUCGAAAAAAUUAAAUUAAUGAAAAAGAGUAUAUUGAAUAAAUACCUAUUUAAGAAUAAGAAGUCAAAAAAAGAAAGCUUGAAUUUUUUGGAUUACAAAAUAAAUAUGAAUUUGAAAAGUUAAAAGAUGAAACAUUUGAUAGGAUGAAAUAAUAAAUAAAUGAAUAAUAAAAUUAAAAUGAGUACAUCAAUCUAAAAAAUUAUUAAAUGAUUAAUAUACCUUAAGAUAAGUAAUUAAAUAAUACUAAUUCAGAUAAAUAAUGUGAGAUUGUUAAUUAUCAAAAUUCAAAUUUUUCUAAUUUAGAUCACUCUCACAUAUAAUAAAAGUAACAAAAAAUGGAUUUUGAUAAUAUUUUUUAAAUAGAAUCAAAUAAGAAGAAGCUUUGUAUAAAAUUAAAAAAUAAAAAAUGA